ACGCAAACAGUGCUGUGCGCCUGCGCAGGGUGCAUAGCAACACUCUGGGGCAGCAGAGGAGACGGAGGUUCGUUUAUCCGCAUUUCAGGGACGAGAAGAGAUAAAUCACCCCAAACAGACUUGCAGGAAUCAUGGGGAGUGUGUUCCUGCCAGCGGACGCGGCGCACUCGGUGCUGCGGCGGCUGCGCAGGGCCAACUUCCUACUGGAGGAGAUGAAGCAGGGUAACAUCCAGAGGGAGUGCCGAGAGGAGAUCUGCACCUAUGAAGAGGCACGCGAGGCUUUCGAGAAUGACGAAAAGACGAGACGAUUCUGGGAGGAAUAUGUGCGGGAGAGUAGUCCAUCUGGAGGGCUGGAGACAGUGGUCGGCGGAGUUCACUCUCUCUACCUGAUUGUGCCAUUGCUGCUGGUUGUGCUCAUCAUCGCUGCUGUCGCCAUCACAGUGUGGCGUUGCCAAUCCCGCAAACGCUCACAGCGCAGCCCCAGCCUGGGACACUCACAUCACGACCACGUCCUGUCAGUGGUCUCUAUGGACCAUUGGGGGAGGGAUUACCACCACGGUGACCAAUCAGAACUCAGCGUCCACAGCAGCCCAGCUUAUCCAGGCUCAGAGCUCACAUCAGGAAGAGGAAGCGCUGGUGACCCUCCACCGUCUUACGAGGAGGCUGUGGGCCAUGCUGACGUCCAUAUAGAGACGGAGCCACCUCCACAGUAUGACGACAUAGUCAACUCCAGCACGACUAAUGUCACCGGUGGCCAUGAGAAGUAAACCUGUCUUUCACUACCAUCCCAACUAAAGCCCUAACCAACACUAAGACCAUCUUAUCGUUUAGCAGCACCACUGUUGUGGUAUCACCAGCCUUCCCCAUUCGACAUACAAAGAAACACUACUAUCUGUCUGGUUAAUGGACUAAUGCAAUCUGUGCCAGAGCCAGCGCUGUUGAAAUUUGCACUAACAUUUCAUCAAUGAGGUGAAGUGAAAGCAGGAAGGAGAAAAUUAUAUUGCAAUACCAAAACCAACAAUCACCUCAGCUGAAUUGAAGUUGCAUCUAUGCUCUCACACUUUAGCAAAUAAUUUAACUCAACAGACAUAACAAAUGUUGCAUGUGGCGUAAAGAAGAAAAAUGGGCUCUGAUCGCCACAAUGAAGGACAACUAUGUGUAUAUGGAGGUUGGACCGAUGCUUUACUGAAGGCUAGUGCCAAUCUUUUUAGACUUAAGUGGCCAAUAUUGGAUAUUUUGUACCUACUUAUUAUAUCUUUAAAGCUGGAGUGUGGGACUUUUACAUAUAAAUGAACAUCCAAUACAUUCAAGCCCUUGCCAAAUGAGUUUACACAAUGCGGAUCAUACAUCUCUCUGUAUUUCACAAUAUACAGAGUUUUUAAAUCUGGUGUCUGGUAUGACAUUCCUGUGCCGGUGCACCCAUAGUGAUGCAUUGUACGUCAACCAGCAAUGAUUGGUUUCCUUUCAGAUUUUCUGGGGAAAUUACAUCAUGUUUGGCAUCUCGAUGGGUGCUCGGCCCUGAGUUAUCUUUGUCAAACCACAAGGCAUACUGGGUAUGCGUGGCUAAAAGCUGUAGGACUGUUAAUAUGUCACUUCAGUUUUAAUAUUUUUUCAGGCAAGAAAGUAACAAUUUAGACUCACAAUAUGUGGUCAGUUUAUCCAAAUAACACCGAUUUGGACAGUGUUUUUGUAAUUACUCUGACUGCCAGAAGGGGGAUACAAAAGUUCUGUGCUGUAGGUUUAAAUUUGAGCUUUUUGUUAUCAAAGUAUUUACUGUUUCCAUCAAGAAUUUUAUACAUUUUCGAUUUGCAAAACCUUUUCUUUGCAAGAUUCAGAAACAGCAUUUAGACCACAGAACAUCAAUUCCAGUGAUACCAAGACUAAUUAAAGCUGCGUUAAGUGAUUUUUUUGACCACUAGCAGACAGAAAGAAUCAAAAACAAAUUCAAAAUCAGGCAUUUUUUGUGCUAACCUAGCAGACAAUUAUCUGCUCGUACAUUCAGCAAACACAGAGCAACAUGAGCAUUCCACUUGUUUCAUCCUACUGUUUGUGACCAACUGAUUAAUCUAUGUCCAAUAUUUACUUGUUAACUCUGGUUUGGUUGACCAAUUCCUGAGAAAAAUACCUAGGUCUUUAGACUGCUACAUGCUAAGAUUUCAUGGCUUGGCUUGGUAUGCUUGGCUUAGUUUGUUAACUAUGAAUGGCGGGCUGCCCAGUUUUAUAUCUGGGGUUAAAGGGAUCAUUAGCCAAGGGCAGAGUUGGGUGUUCAUUCUCAGUGGGUUCGACACUACUAAAGAGACUUCUGCAUCAUAAUCAGUAAUAUGAUUUGUUGUUGAUAUCAAAAAUAUCACUUAAUGCAGGCUUAAAUAGUGAAGUUGCCAAACUAAUGCAUCAGUCCAACCUCAGUAUACACUUGUGAAUGUUUUAGAGUUUAAAAUUCAAGAUAAAGGCCAUCAGUUGUAAAGGGGGGCACUGAAAUUGGUUUUGUGUAUGCGUGUCACAUGUGCUUAUAUUUUGGUAAUGCAUGCAGCUUGGUCUGUACGCACGAGGUUGGGUCUGGCUCUGCAGUGUUUGUUGAUGGUCAGAGCUCACUGGCCCAUGUCCAUCUCUGGGCCGUUGACUGUUGCUAAGAGCCUGCUUUAACUGUGAAAAUCUUUCCCUACUCUUUCCCCCCAAAGCUAACGUAACUGUGUUGGAUAUGAGUUCAGAGUUUGCCUGGUGUGCUACUUUUACUGAAAGUACACUGAAGAUUUUUCAAAUAGGUUUGUAGCUACCUACGGUAUAAAUGUAAGUUGAGGAGUGACUUGCAUAGGAUUGUGGGACAGAAAGCAAUAGAGACAGAAGCUUUGGGAAAAGAGUUAUCAGGGGUGAGAGAUUCUGUAUUUUAACGCCACUAAGGAUAGAGUCCAUGUUUAGCAUGUGUGAUGUAUUUGUAUAUAAAUAUGUAUUGUAUGGGUGAAAGUAAGUAAUGGUGAGAUUGUUUUUUGCUGCAUAGGAAUGCAGUGAAUGCAUUGAUUCUAAUGUAACUGUAGUAGGUUGUGAAUAAAUGAAGGCACUUUGUGUUGAAGCUCUAAAGGAGCUGUUAAAUGAAAACAAAGACACUCUAGUUUGACGUGUUCAGCAUCACUCUCAGCAAUAACGAUGUCACUGCAAUCUUCUGGAAAAAAAAGGUUCUCGUACUCUAUAUGCAAUAUUGUUGCAUACACUCUAAAAACCAAAUAUAUCAGUCUAAUGUUCACCGGUACUGAUAAAUGUCUCACAUGUCCUUUUCACACCUUACAGACUCUGAGCACUGAUUAUUAUUCUACUUUUUUUGUGAGUUGACCUUUGAACCUCAGCACUUGCUAUGACCUUGAACUGAGUUGUGCUGGUAGAGGUAGCCAUUAUGGUUAGGUCAGUUGUACUGUUACUUACAGAGCCCUGUUUUUACAAUGCCUUAUCAAACAAACAAAAUGUUAUAUAACAAUAAAUGCAAGGGAACUUGUUAUAAAUCCUUGAUAUGUGCAGAAGCUUGAAUUAAUUUGUAAUAAAACAUUUAAAAUUU